AAUGCAGGCAGCAACUGCUAGCACCCCUCCCCGGUGUAACCAUCGUCACCAUCCGCUCGCCCGAACGAACGGAAAGCUGUAGCCUGGUCUAAAGGCGUCAGUUAAAGCUGUCCCCGAGCCGUUGUUUGAGGUUGUGGGGAAUAUUUGGGGAACUUUGAAAACGCACGUCGCUUGUUUAUCGUUAUUCGCAGUGGCGAGAAGCUGUUUGAAAGAUCAACAGCGAGACGACAGACAAACCAACUGUGUUUGCGGUAGGCUAAGUGGAAAGACACGGCAUCCGGCCUCCGAGUCGACACCGAGGGCUGGGACUCGGGUCGAACCAGCGAUUACCGUUUCUGGCCUCCCUUGUCUCAGUGGCCCAUGGAAAGGAUGAAGAAGUUUAAAAGGCGUUUGUCACUCACGCUGCGCGGGAGCCAGACCAUCGACGAGUCGCUGUCCGAACUCGCCGAGCAGAUGACUAUAGAGGAGAACAGCAGCAUGGACAAUGAGCCCAUCGUGAGGAACGGGCGCCCCCCCUCCUCCCACAGCAUGCACUCGUUCCUGCACCAGUACACGGGCUCCUUCAAGAAGCCCCCUCUCCGGCGACCACACAGCGUCAUCGGGGGCACCCUCGGCUCCUUCAUGGCCAUGCCCCGCAACGGCAGCCGCCUCGAUAUUGUCCAUGAGAACCUGAAGAUGGGCUCAGACGGCGAGAGCGACCAGGCGUCCGGGACCUCCUCAGAUGAGGUGCAGUCACCCACCGGAGUGUGCCUCAGGACCAGAGUCAACCGACGCAUCUCCAUGGAGGACCUGAAUAAGCGCCUCUCCCUGCCGGCUGACAUCCGGAUCCCUGACGGCUACCUGGAGAAGCUGCAGCUCAGCAGCCCUUCCUUCGACCAGCCCCUCAGCCGCCGCUCACGCAGGGCCUCGCUGUCGGAAAUUGGGUUUGGAAAGCUGGAGACCUACAUAAAACUGGACAAGCUGGGAGAGGGUACCUAUGCCACGGUGUAUAAGGGCCGGAGUAAGCUGACUGAGAACCUGGUGGCCCUGAAGGAGAUCCGACUGGAGCACGAGGAAGGAGCGCCCUGCACCGCCAUCAGAGAAGUGUCAUUGCUGAAGGACUUGAAGCAUGCUAACAUUGUGACGUUACACGACAUUGUUCACACGGAUAAAUCCCUGACGCUAGUCUUUGAGUACUUGGAUAAGGACUUGAAGCAGUACAUGGAUGAUUGUGGAAACAUCAUGAGUAUGCACAAUGUAAAAAUCUUCCUCUAUCAGAUCCUGCGGGGUUUAGCCUACUGUCACAGACGGAAGGUUCUACACAGAGACCUCAAGCCCCAGAACCUGCUCAUCAAUGAGCGGGGAGAGCUCAAACUCGCUGACUUUGGUUUGGCCAGGGCCAAGUCAGUGCCCACUAAGACGUAUUCCAAUGAGGUGGUGACGCUCUGGUACAGGCCUCCAGACGUGCUGUUGGGAUCCUCCGAGUACUCAACUCAAAUAGACAUGUGGGGAGUUGGGUGUAUAUUUUAUGAGAUGGCUGCUGGUCGGCCUCUGUUCCCUGGAUCCACCGUGGAGGACGAGCUGCAUCUUAUCUUCAGACUAUUGGGCACACCAACUGAAGACAACUGGCCAGGGAUCUCCUCCGUCGACGAGUUCAAGUCCUACAACUUCCCCAAAUACAAACCUCAGCCUUUUAUCAACCACGCACCCAGGUUGGACACUGAGGGCAUUGAGCUGUUGCUGUCUUUUUUGAGGUAUGAGUCGAAGAAGAGGACCUCUGCUGAUGAUUCCAUGAAGCACGCCUACUUCAAGAGCUUGGGGAUGCGAGUGCACACGCUGCCAGAGAGCAUUUCAAUAUUCACGCUUAAGGAGGUUCAGUUGCAGAGAGACCCAGGUUACAGGAACACCUCCUACCCAGAGACUGGAAACGGCAAGAGCAGAAGACAAAGCAUGCUCUUCUAAACUGAGCCCUCACUUUAACACACACACACACACACACACACACACACACACACACGUGCACCAACACACACACGCAUGCACAAACACACUCUCUCGUGGAGGUUCUCUGAAUCAGGAUGAAGACUUUUUAGCUUUGUGACUCAGGUGGAAUGGACAAAUUGACCUGCCUCCAAUGAAGGUGUGAGUGUAUUUAGCGGAGAGGUUGGGUGUUAAUAGAGACCCUCUACCCUUCGAAGCACACAAGCUCUCUUACACACACACACACACACACACACACACACACACACACACACACUCACACACACACACACUUGCACUCAGACACAUACAUGCAAGGCUCUGCCAGCCCCCCGCUCCCCAACCACCUCUUCAAAGACUGAGGAUCAGACUGUGUGUGUGUGUGUGUGCGUGUGUGUGUGUGUGCCUAUUUAUUUGGAGGUGGAGUUUGGAUGUUAGGGGUUGUGUUGUUUUGCUGCUAAACAACUACUGUCUCUAUUUAACAAACAGUUCUAACGAUGAUGACAUCACACACAGUCACCAUGGACACUAGAACCCUCCGCAAGGGUCUGUUUCAAUUCUCCCAUAUUGUUACAUAUUUUUGAAAACAGACGAAUAAUUCUACUAUGUUCAUAAUGUUGACAUUGCCAUUGUUGUUGCUUGUUUAUUGUUGUUUCUAUUUCGCUAAAAUGGAAUGCCUUUCAGAGUGUUUUUUUUUAUUAUUAUUAUUUGACUGAAUCUGUUCUGAGUUUGCUGAUGUAGUGAAGCAAGAUGUCUGAAGUGAGUGUGCGCGUGUGUGUGUGUGUGCGUGUGUGUGUGUGUGUGCGCGUGCGAGAUCCAGCAGAGACUAUACACACACUCGGAUUCCCACAACCACCAUCCGGCCUCCUUCUCUCUUAGUCCUCAUUUCAAAAUGAACAGAGACUCUUGAUUGAUGUCAGCGGAGGGCCCAGGGAGCGAGCUCGUCCGUGGGGACCAUUUCCAUUCAAGCCAAGUUCACAAGUGAGCACCGCGGAGCGAGCUCCGUGAAGGGGACCAUGAGCUUGGUAUAUGGGCUCCUUGUCAAGGGCCACGGUCUGGUGAGUGAGCUCCUUCAUGGGGCUUAUGAGUCAACACCUUAGAGAGGACCAUGGGCUUUACAACUGGGCUCAGUGUUUGGGACCAUGGGCUUUGUGAGAGCUCCUUGGUGGGGACCAUGGGCCUUGUGAGCGAGCUCCAAAUGAGAGAUCAUGGGCUUUGAGAGCGAGCUCCUCGUUGGGGACCUUCAGCUUUGUGAGGGAGCUCCUCGGUGGGGACCAUGGGCUUUGUGAGAGAGCUCCUCAGUGAGGACCAUGGGCUUUGUUAGAGAGCUCCUCGUUGGGGACCAUGGGGCUUGUGAGCGUGCUCUGCCAUGGGGACCAUCAGCUUGAACAUCAUCGCCCUGGAACAUCAGGCCUUUGGGAGAAAGAAGCCUUACUGUGAGAAUGGUUGCCAGAAACGUUUGGCUCAUGCUUGAUUUCGGUCGCUUUCAUUUGGUUCCACAACAUUUCUAGCACCCUUCCACUGAAACAAAAGGGUGUGAUGUUAAAAAUACCAGACAACAGAAACCACACAUGUACACACUGGACCAUUUCAACCAAGCCGGAUCAAACCCAGCGACCAUACCCACACGUGCAUUUCUGGACACAAAGACUGGAGUCGGAACCAUUUCUCUCCCUUAUUACUGAACCGCUCAUCCCCCUCCUUUUUUUCUCUUCUCUUCUCUGUCCUCUUUCUCUCUCUUCCUCAGUAUGGGAGACCUUCCACUGCUUGCCUGAACUGAAGUGCUUGUUUGCUUCUCCUCUAAUCUCUUCUUUCUUGCCUUUGGAAAGCUACUUGGUUUUUUUUUUAUGCAUCAUGACAACUGUACAGUAGUUUGGGUUUUUCCCCCCCGUCAUGGCAGAACCCCUUUGUGUGUGUGUGUGUGUGUGUGUGUGUGUGUGUGUGUGUGUGUGUGUGCGUGUGUGUGUGCGUGUGUGUGUGUGUGUGUGUGUGUGUGUGUGUGUGUGUGUGUGUGUGUGUGUGUGUGUGUGUUUGUGUGUGUGUACGUGCAUGACAGAGAUAGAAUGAAAAAUAUGUGAGUGUGUUUGCGUGCACAUAAGAGAGACGUUCUGUGUGUGUAUGUGUGAGAGAAAUAGGUGUGUGUGUGUGUGUGUGAUCAGAGACUGUACAGUUUUUCAGGGGCUCUAUGCUAACGUGGACCAUCACCCAGAGGUAGCUUAUUUAACAGUAUUAAGAGUAUUUUCUAUGUUACAUUGGACCUUUCCUUGUGAAUACUGUUGUCAUUGUGGCAUGUUCAGGAGGCUAACCAGCCUCCAUUUUGUGCUCAAGUUUUUCAGAGCAGGAAAACGACGAAUUAAAAGAAAUACCUUAAAUGAAUGCGAGAGAGAGAAUGCAAGGAAAAGGAAAAAAAGAAAGACAUUUUAAUGAUUCAACAGUCUGCUUUCAACCACCACUCUUUCUACAGAGUUUCUACACAGUGAUGAAAUAUUUCAGAGAGAGCUUUUUAAGUUUGAACAGAAGACUAUGUUGUUUUUAUUUUGAACUGACAGUAAUGUUCAUUAAUAUUGUAAUAACUGUAAUAUUGCGAUUACAAUGCUCACCUGUCCAGAGGUUUGUGUGUGUGUGUGUGUGUGAGAGAGAGAGAGAGCGAGCGAGAGAGAGUGUGAGUGUGUGUACACCUCAUGCAUGGAUUGCUCAGUGUUGUGAAACACAUACAAUUGUGAGCAUUUUUUGAAGGUUCAUCUCUUUCUACUGCAGAUAUUUAUUUCUCUUAACCCGUGAAGUAAACUUGGUCUGUUUCCUAAGGA